AUGGCUGAGAAGGAAGAUGUGGAGGAAGUGGUGUGUUCUUUUGAUAAGGUGUUGUCGUUAACUAACGAAGAACAAGACGGACUUCACAUUGAAUCAGAUGAUACGACAACGAUGAACGAGCGGCUCCAUCUCUGUUUGGUAGGGACGGUACUCAUUGAUCAAGGUUUCAACCAUGAGGCUUUCAAACAAACCAUGUUGAGGGCGUGGGGUAUGAUGCGAGAGGUGGGUGUGAAGGACCUACGAGAUAAUCUUUUCUUAUUCACGUUCACAACUAUGCGGGACAAGGAGAUGGUGAUACAAGGGGGACCUUAG